AUGAUGCUCGCUGCCAAGUCUCGGAUUCUCAGAAAUCGUGAGACAAUUCGCGUCGUUUUCGUCGCCUCCACUCUUCUCUUCCUCCUCGCGUUUGUCUGUUUCGCCACGUCUUCAUGUAAGUUAACCUGGAUGAAUUAGUGUAACUUUCAUUCUACCGUAACCUUUCACAGCACCAUUUGCCACGUCUACAACAAGACUGAAACGGGAUAUCGUGCCGUCCGUUUCGGAAGACAAAAACGAGAAGGAAAGAUCGUGAGUAUAGAAAUCGGUUUUUCCGCCGAGAAUCAUUUUUCGAUUCGCAGAUCCGAUUGUCCGAUAGAAGCCUGGAAUAGAGUGGAAACGAACGAGAUUCCGCAUGCUGAUUAUGGGCCAAAAUGGACUGAAAGUAAAGCGGUAAGACUUAGAGUUUUGGCGAAUUCGGCUAAAUGAUUCUACCUACUUGAUAUCAUUCUUCAUUGAAUAGACGGUUUUCCAGUCCUACUUCCACCCGGCCCUCCUCGGAGCAUUCCUCUUCGACCGAUACAUUCUGAUGAUCACCAACACGAAGGGAAUGGCGGGACGUCCCGUCUUCUGCCGGUACUUUGAUUGUCUCCGGCGCGAGAUUCCGAACCAGUUCGAGUCGAAAAUCUAUCCGGAAUCGGUGGUUUAUUGCCCGCGUCGCGUCGGCGCCCUCUUCGUCUCGGUCAGUGGGAACGUCUCCGAACGGCCCGACUACCCGAUAGCCAUUGAGGACAGGUUCAAGAAGACGAGUACGUCUCACUUUCCAAACUGGAUUCGAUGAAUCUCUAUUUGCAUUCAGGUUCUUCCGGUCCCACGAGCACAACUACUGUGGAGGCACAAAUCGGCGCUUCGAAAUGA